UCCUCCUGCCAAGCAUGUGUACAUCUAUUAUGUUAUCUAUUUCUCACGAUAAAGCCACAAACGUAAUACUAAACAAUACUGGUUUUGAUGAAGAAAAUGUCUAGACUCUACGGCUGAGAUGUGACACCACGAUUCGACACUGUGAACACAUUCACAUGCUUUUGUUUUGCCUAAAAAUACAUGGCGAUUUCCAUCGAGCCGUUACCGGUCCACGUGCAGCUUCCCAUUUCCAACCCUGCAGAAGUGUGGAUCUUUUUGACAGAUAUCGAUUCAAAGCUGCUGACGUCAAAAGCAUCCUCCAUCUUUUACGAUUGCAGAGAUGCUGCUUUUCAUUGAAGAAGAACUGAGGAGGUGUCAACCAUGCGCACUGCCUUUGUGACAAUCCAGUCAUAUCUGAUAUCUGUUAGUUGUUGAAAUUUGUGGACAUCUGCUCCUCCUGCUGACUGCAAGCCACCGACCACGGGCACAGCCUAUCCCCGGCCUCCCAUUAGAACCUACUCUUCCCCGUUGGAGACCAGCUCCACCACGCACAGCCAGCAGCUAUGGCUGAAGACUUGGACAUGCGCAACGAGCUGUCGGAUAUGCAGCAACGCGCCGACCAGCUUGGAGAUGAGUCGCUGGAGAGCACUCGUCGUAUGCUACAGCUGGUGGAAGAGAGUAAAGAUGCUGGUAUCAGGACUUUGGUUAUGUUGGACGAGCAAGGAGAACAACUCGAUCGUGUUGAAGAUGGCAUGAACCAUAUCAACCAAGACAUGAAGGAGGCCGAGAAAAGUUUAAAAGAUUUAGGGAAAUGCUGUGGUCUUAUCAUAUGUCCCUGUAACAAGAUGAAGAGUGGCGGCAGCAAGGCUUGGGGGAACAACCAGGAUGGGGUGGUGGCCAGCCAGCCUGCCCGUGUGGUGGACGACCGCGAACAGAUGGCCAUCAGUGGAGGAUUCGUUCGCAGGGUAACAGAUGAUGCCCGGGAAAAUGAGAUGGAUGAGAACCUGGAACAGGUGGGAGGCAUCAUCGGUAACCUGCGCCACAUGGCCCUGGAUAUGGGCAAUGAGAUCGACACCCAGAAUCGACAGAUUGACAGGAUCAUGGAAAAGGCUGAUUCUAACAAGACCAGGAUUGACGAAGCCAACCAACGGGCCACUAAGAUGCUGGGCAGUGGCUAAGCUCCCAGAACAUGUUGCUUUUCCCGCAAUUGCAAUUUAUUGUCAUGGUAUUUACCUUCUAGGUUUGCACAUGUGCACAUAUCACCUCCCCACAUUGUAAAUGUUGUUCUGUGCAUCCUUUGUCUGGCUUUUUCAAUGAUUGUCCUCGUAAAAUGAAAUAUUUCUUAUCCUCUGUAUCAUUCUUUCCAAAGAUUGUAUACAGUGCUGACUCGAUGGCUCUAGUUCACUUGUGAAGUUUUUAUUCUCUUUAUCAAAUAUAGUAAAUACAGGUAACUGCCAAAAUAAAGGAAACACUUGAGUAGAUUAGGGUUCUGGCGGCUCUGUUUUGCUGUGAGUGCAUUUUCCUGGCAUGAUUUAGGUCCAUUCAACCUCUUCGAGGGCAAGGUAAACAACAAUAAAUACACAGCCAUUCUGAGAGAUCACCUUCAACCUAUGCUGAAGCAUUUCUAUUGUGAUAGGAGUGGUCUCUUUCAGGAUGACAAUGCCCCCAUCCACAGGGCACGGGUGGUCACUGAACGUUUUGAUGAGCAUGAAAAUGAAAUAAACCAUAUUCCAUGGCCAUCUCAGUCACCAGUUCUCAACCCAAUUGAACACUGAUGGGAGAUUCUGGAGUGGCGCCUUGGAACAGCGUUUUCCACCAUCGUCAACAAAACAACAAAUGAUGGAAUUUCUUGCGGAAGAAUGGUGUCGCAUCCCUCCAAUAGAGUUCCGGACACUUGUAGAAUCUAUGCCAAGGCACACUGAAAAUGUUCUGGUGGCUUGUGGUGGCCCAAUGCCCUACUAUGAUACUUUAUGAUGGAAUUUCCUUUAUUCUGACAGAUACCUGUAUAUACUGUAUAAGGAUACACUGCCAGAUGACAAAUAUAAUAGGAAUGCUAUACAAGCUGUUUCCCUUGUCAGUAUCUCAGUAUUGUCUUUGUAAAACUGUAUCAUUCCAUCAGCUACUGUCAUGCUCCUUAUUUUGAUGUUGUCAUGACAAAUGAAGAAGAGGGAAAAAAAUACGAUGAUUACAAAUUAUAGUCAAUUCAAAAAGCACUUAAGGACAA